AUGCGGCGUGCCCAAGGCCCUGCCGCCGUGCUCGCCAUCGGCACCGCGAACCCGGUGAACUGCAUGUCCCAGGACGAGUUCCUGGACUUGUACUUCCGUGCCACACAGAGCGAGCAUCUCACCAGCCUCAAGGAUGAUUUCAGGAGACUUUAUGGGAAACUUAGCGUCCAGAAGCGCUACUUCCACCACACUGAGGAGGUGCUGAGUGCCCACCUCGAAAUCAUCGAUCCCUCGUCGCCGUCCCUAGAUACCAGACUGGAGAUCGUCAGGGAUGCCGUCCCAGAGCUUGCUGCAAAAGCCUCCGUCAACGCCAUCACCGAGUGGGGCCGUCCAGCAACCGACAUCACCCACCUCGUCGUCACCACCAACUCCGGCGCCCAUGUACCAGGCGUUGACUUCCGCCUCAUGGGGCUCCUCGGCCUGAGGCCGUCGGUCCGUCGCAGCAUGCUCUACCUCAACGGCUGCUUCGCCGGCUCUGCAGCGUUGCGCCUCGCCAAGGACCUCGCCGAGAACAACCGUGGCGCCCGCGUCCUUGUGGUCUGCGCUGAGCUCACCAUCAUGCUGCUCAGAGGCCCCAAAGAGGACUGCUACCAGACAAUCGUCGACCACGGGCAUUUCGGCGACGGUGCGGGCGCCGUCAUCGUCGGCGCCGACCCCACGACUAGCCCCGCCGAGCGCCCGUUGUUUCAUAUGGUAGCCGCCACACAGACGGUGAUACCAGAGUCGGAUCAUGCCAUCAACCUGCGCCUGACGGAAGACGGACUCCGGGGCUACCUCGCCCCGGGAAAGGAGGUGCCGGUGCUCAUCGGGGACAACAUCCAGCAGUGCCUCCUGGACUCGUUUGAACCGCUGGGCGUCCAGGUCAAGUGGAACGACCUCUUCUGGGCGAUGCACCCCGGGUCGGUCCCGAUCUUGGACCGGAUCGAUGAGGCGCUCCAGCUUGAGCCGGAGAAGCUGGCGCCAAGCCGCAUGGUGCUGAGAGAGUACGGCAACAUGUUUGGCGUGUCCGUCAUCUUCGUGCUCGAUGAGCUACGCCGGCGUAGGGAGAUGCAAGGGGCAGAGGCAACACCUGGCUGGGGUGUGAUGAUGGCAUGUGGGCCCGGGCUGACUAUCGAGACCAUGAUACUGCACGCAACCUAG